GCCUGCCUGACGUCGCUGCCCUCCGGGUGCCCUUAAUGCCGGCGGAGGCUGCAACGGAGGCAGGACGUGGUGAUGUUUGCGUUUGGCACGCUGUGCUGUGUGGACCAGAAAGAAUGGAGUCAUUGGAAGAUUAUGUAAAGAUAAAGAUGUAAAUACCACUUUAAAAGAGUAAUAAUGGGACCGGGCAUUCAAGAACAUCCGUUAUUACUGCACCGAAAGGCACAGAAAAAGGAAAGCCAAAUCAAUGAAAACCACAAAGGAAUGGUAAAUAAUGGAAAAAGCCACCCAAGCACCAAAGGAGUAAAGAAAUCAAUUUCUCAUGUGAAAUCUCCUGGAAGAUUAUGCAAAAAUGUGCCAACUACCAAUGAAAAGACUUCCUGUGACACUCAAGACGAUAACCAACGAAGUGUUUUUAAGAAGGGGAGGAACCAAUUAGAUGACAGUACUCAGUCAAAACAAAUCACAAGUGUUUGCACAUCUCUGCCCAGAGUUGAAAGGUCAAAGAGGAGUCUCCCAGAAACAAGGCAAAGUGAAUCUUUAGUGCACAGGAUCCCUCCUGCCACAAAAGGCAGCACACAAGGUAGCUUCUGUAAAGUUAAAGGUGUCCAAGUGCAACAUUUUUAUUGCAGUAAAAAAGAACAGUUGGAAAAGAAUCAUGAAGAACAUGCUGCUGAAGCUGGUCCGUGCUCCUCUAAAUGGCAAGAAGCAUCUGUGAACGAAAUGUUUCUUGAUUUUGAAUCGGUACAAAUUAUUAAAGAAGAUGCUGAAGAUGAUAGUGCCAGUGAUCUCUCUGAUUCAGAAAGGAUUCCCAUUCCUCCAUCUCCCUGCACACCACCAGAACUCAUACUCAGAGCUGAAGAAAUUGAUCCAGUUUGUUUGGAACGUGUGCCUGAUAUGGGUUUUAAAGACUCAGAAUUUUACUACCCAGACUUCCUGCCACCCCCUUUUAACUCAUGGGACUUGAAGCAACUGGCCAUCUUUGUUAAUGUAGAAGGUAGAUCUGAGCUUCGACCAAAGCCAACCGGAUUUCUUGAAAAAUACAUUGAUCGUCUUUUGCAGCUGGAGUGGCUGCAAAUGCAGACUGUACAGAAUGAGAAAGCAAAGGCAGCCAAAGCCAGACCACAGACUGCUCCCAGCUCUGUACGUACCCUAAAAAGCCCUGGCAAAUGCAAAGCAUCGCUUAGCCCUUUGCCUAACAAACAAAUGGUUCCCCAGGAAACUGUUACAAAACUCCCCACGUGCUAUUCAGGUCACAGGGUAGAUCCAUGCUGUGAAGAAAGUCAACGGUUUUAUUCACAUCCAGGGCACUUGAAACUAUCUGAAAGAAUGGGACAUGCAAUGUCUUCUCAGAGACAGUCUGGUGAAGUAAGAAAUGAACUGAAAAAAACAACUGCAAAGCAACAGCUUCUCAAUAUGCAGCCAUCUGAGAGCAAUUCUAAAAUUCAAAGUGUUGGUAAUAUCAGACCCCCUAAGCAAGCACCAGCAUUUCAUGGUUCAGCUGCUCCUAUCAAAGGCUUAAAAACAUAUGCAUGUACAAACACAAAGAAAAAUGGCAAUGCUAACAAUUACGUUCCUUCUAAAAAAUCAGCCGGGGACAGAAAAAUAAAAACAAAUGGCACAAAGCAGACAUCACAGAAAUUUAAGUGAAAAGUUUAUUAGUUGAUGUUUCUUGACUGCUAGAAAGUGUUUGGCCAAUGCAGAAGGGUCAUGUUAUCUUCGUAGGAAGAUCCUGAGAAAAUAUGUUCUUGAUUCAUACUUCUAAGUCAGCACUGUUCAUUUCAAUACAUUUGAUCUUAAGCCAGCAAGGCCAGCAGGAAAUCUUUUCCCUGAAGGCAAGUCUUCCAUUGGUCUUUCCUUCAGCAUAUUGACAAUUGCUCAAGAGUAUGAAAGUUUAGAGAUAUACACAGUUAUAUAAUGUCCUCCUAUUUGCACCAAUUGAAGUUUGCUGAAGUCUGUAGUGUUUCUUCUGCACUCCUUUUUGUGCAUUUGAGAGAAUAGGAUCUGAGCUCUUUAAAAGAGAUGUUAUUUUGUGACAGGUUUCACAGUGUUUUGUUCUGAUGGGAAAGGGCUCAAUUGUUUUUAUAAAAUAAUGGAGCAGCUUAUCUAUGCAAAGUGAAACUAAUUCUUCAUAGGAGAUGAUGAAUUUUUGGAUGAAUUGGAUGUGGUUUUUUUGCUAGGAAGAAGAAUGGAGAUAAUGUACUGGAAUAUUUUAAUACUAAAAGGAUUUUUUUAAAGACAGACAUUUGUUAGAGAGCAGACAGCUUCAAUAGUGGCAGAUUAAUAAAAUCAAAUGCAUAUUUUUAUACCCAGAAAACUUCACUGUUUACAGACAGCGUUCCUUCAUGUUCAUUUUGUAAACCUUGAAUAUUUCAAAUUGCACGUGGAUAUUGAUGACUAAUGCCAAAUGAAAAUAUUACUGCACAAUCUGUGACCUAAUGUUCAAAACUGGUAAGCUCUCAAAAUCCAGAAAAUAGACUCUUAGGGGAUGAGCUUGAAGACCAAUGUAAGUUCAAGCAAAGAUAUAUUUUGAUACAAAAAUACCUAUUCUUAGCCACCUGUAAUGACUAUUCUCUAUUCCAUGGCCCAGCCUGUAUCAGUUUGAUUUGCUUCUUAUCUGAAGAUUUAGACAAGUGGCAUGGGGAAAUACCAUAAAAUUGUUCAGCCAGAGUUGAGUUCUGUCCUUAGACCCUCUGAUUCUUCUUGUGUCUGGGAUACAGGAGAAUAUGAAAGUAAUUCAGCGAGUAUUCAAGUGUCAGUUCAGCUCUUAGCUGGGGACACUAUUUUGUUGAAAAUCUAGAAAUUGUUUUGAAGUUUGAUUUUUAAAUGAAAUACUGAACACCAUUUGUUCAUCCUCAGCCACCUGUCACAGUGAACUGUUGAUGAGAAGUAAGCUGAGGUCUGACAGACUGGAUUUUUACAAGUGGAUCCUUCUCAUUCCUAUAGCUAGUGAGAAACCAUCAGUUACUAAAGAAUAUACUAUGUACAUAGUUAAACUGCACUUGUCUUGGUGAUCUCAUCUCUCUUGGUCUUAAGAUGCUUAGCUGUUUCUGUUCUUUCAUUGUGUCUACUAGGUCUUCAGCUUUGUAAAAUUUCCAAGCAUGGAUUUAUAUAUAGCUUAAAAUGUGAGAAUACUGAUAAAUGUAGUAAUAAACCAGAGUAUUUUACACAAAAACAAUGCUCAGGAAUAGACUUAAGAAAUAUUUUUAGUGGCUUUUUCCUAGUUACUGGAGACCAAAUGUGAAAUUUUAAAUUGAUGAAAGAAACAAUUUUAAUAUACAGUAUUAUGUUUCCAUAUGCAGUAUUUGUUAGGAUACAGUUAAAGUAAAUGGUAGUUGCUUCUACAUUCUGUGCUAUGCAAUUAAAGUGGAACUUAAUCUCAUGUCCUCAAAGAUCAUAUAAGUUGGCUGUCAGAGGUGUGGAGAAACUUACAGGAUGGCAUUCAAAUACCAGCAGCUGCAGAGCAUUAGCACAUGCUUGUGUUACAGUUUUAUCCUUUUGUUUUGUUCCAGACUCUUCCUGUAUUUCAGCUGCUUUAGAUGGAAAGGGUUUUGCAUCCAGUGCUGGGAUUUCAAGCUUUUGCCAAAUUCUAUGAGCCUUCAUUAGCAGUUUUACUGAUUUACAUUAAGAUUAGGAACAGUCGGAUUGCUCUUGCUGAUGAGCACGAUUUUAGUACACUAUUUUAGCACACUGUUGUAAGCUCCAAAAGCAAGGUGAGCAGGAUCAGAAUGGCAGAUUUUUUAAACACAUCUUCGUAGAUGCAGUAAUUAGUUUAGUGUAUUAUUAUAACGCUGAAUAUUAAUUAGCGUAUGCAAAAUUUCCUCUGAUAUGUUGCUUUAUAUUGGUGCUUCCUCAGGUUACAAGGAGAGCAUGAAGAUACACGCACGUUUUGCAUGAUAACUUCUUAAAGAACAAACAGUGUUUCAGUCAGUUCUGACCAGAGCAAACUCAACUGGCAGAGAAUUUUUUUUCCUUGCAGACCUAGGAAUUAGAAAAUUCUGUUUUAAUGUAUUGCUUGUGGUCUAAUGCACACCUAAUGCAAAUCUAUUGCUGGAGACUUUCUAAAAAUUUAAUAGGCAGAAGUAGUGAUGACAUUGAAAAUAAAUUGAAUAUUUGUUCAUCACUCAUUGGCUGUGGUCUGGACAAACAAAGUUUAUCUCACAUAAUAGUUCUUGUUCACUGAUUUGAUAAUUAUACAGUAAAGUCUACUUUGUUUGCAUACAGAAA